GUUAACUCAGAACUCGCCUUUAGGGUUAAACCCAAAUGCUGCUACAUCUCACUGCACAAUCUCCCGUCUUCUCUCCCUCUCUCUCGACUGUUAAUCGCGUCAGGCUGUUUGGAUCUCCAUCUCAUCAAGGGUAAUUUGAAAAAAAACUGCAGAAUGGUAGCCUACAAAUACGUUCUGAAACUCUUCAAUUAUCCAAAACGUUCAAGGGCCAGGCAAGAUACAAUUCUUCAUCUAAAUAUUCUGCUUAAUAACUGCUUUAGAGAUUAUCAUGAAGAACCAAUGCCAUUUGAUUCUCAUGAGAAUGGAUUUCCAAAGCUGUCACAAUUAUCACAAUCUUUGAGAAAUGUUGAUGUGCUUGAUAGAAGGUUGAUUAAUACUAAUGAUCAUACUGUACUCACCGAUGAUCGAGUUACCAAAGACAUGCUUUCUUUCAAGUCAUUAGCUAGAUAUUUCAUUGGAUCUCCAAAAAUGCAACAAGCAUUAGCAAACAAUUCAAAGGGUCGGUUUCCUUUCUUCUGUAAACCGAGUGAAAGAGUGCCAGUCACGAUUACUUCGCUAACAGAGGUGUGCAACUUUCUGAACAUUUCUGCUCAACAUAAAAAAUUGGUGCGACUUGCAAUAUGUCCACAGGUUACACAAUACCAGAUCUGGACAGGUGCACUCGAGGAGCUACUAACCGAAUUGAAAACCGAACUUGAUGUUAGAAUACAUCAAUCUCCAUCCAAUGAAAUUAAAAUGGCUCAACAAAUUGUAUCCACUUGUUUAGAAUUCUUGAACGUUGCAACAUCAUAUGACCUUGAAACUGCUUCAUGGAUGCGUCUCUCUCCUAAGAGAAUCGGGUCUUCACCUGAGACUCAUAGCUGGGGGGAAGUUGGAGAGAUGUUCGGUGAUCUUAUUAGUUGUUUGAAAUUCGAGAGUGAAUUGGUUUCUCACUUGACGAGACUUGAGGCCAUGAAAGAAGGGCUUUUUCAAAUUAAAGAUUUGUUGAUAGAUAAAAGCAUUGGGUAUAGAGAGAGUCAGUUUCAGGAAAGUUUAUUGCAGAAGAAGCUAACAAAGUCAUUAGGUCAUUCAUCUCGGUGCUUGUUCAUUCUUUUGCUUUACUACCUCUAUGGAAGCAUUAGUGCAGUUGAUUUGGAUCUUUGUGGUGGGUUUUGUGAGGCUGAGAGAAAGAAUAACUUUUAUUUGUACAUGGGGAAAAUCUUGACUUCAAAUGAUGAGAAGAUGGUUAUGAAUGGUUUAAGACAGUUGAAUAAGGCUCUUGGGCUUUUUGAGUUUGUGUGGAAAACGACGGGCGUAAAAGGAGCUAUGGAGCUACAAGGCCAUUUAUGGAGUGUUGGGGCUGAGGAAAGAUUUCUUUCUUAUAGAGGUCACAAGUUCUUUGUUCACGGGAUCAUUCCUUGACGAUAAAGGUUCUUGUUUUUGAGCUGCUUUCUUCUUCAGUGACACUGGUGGUUCAGUUUUGAAGCUCCAGUGAUUUUCAUUGAACCAAUUUGGUUUCUAUAUACUGCAGUGCAAAUAUGAACAGAUUGAAGAUGUGUCUCGAAUAUGGUCAUAGAUGAUGCAAGCGGGAUCAUGAUGGUAAGGGUUCAUGCUAGAUGGUUUAGCUUGAAUAGUGUUGCAUCAACAUUUUGAGGAGGAUUAACAUCAGAGCCGGCCUUGGGGCAAGCCUACGGGCUAGGGCAGCCCACAUUCUAGGCAAUCCAUUUAAUAAAGCAAUCCAUUUAAUAAAAAAAACUGAAUAUUCUUUUUUACGUGUUCUCGGGACCGGCGCGGCUAGAAAUCCUUCUAUGUCAAAAGAAAAAUUAGAAUCUUGCAUAUGGUAUUUCUUUUACGGGUUACUAACUACUGAGAAUAGCUUCUAAAAAUGGUCAU